CUGGGUUUCACGUAAUUAUAUGGCAGCAUUUCUCGCUGCGCAGUCAUGCUCGUUCGUCCUCCUGACGCACGCAAAGAAUAAUCACAGCAAACUCGACACCCCCAUCAUCUCCUUGACGGUCCUACGCAAGGACUCUCGCGUGCCCCAGGACCGGUUUGGCUGUCGCAGUCAGCACCUGGCAUUCGAGGCCCCCGAGUCCAAGCGCUCACCCUGUACAAAGUGCUGAGACGAUCUCCUUCCGGGUUGUCUGCUGGCUUCCGAGGCAACAAGUCUAUCCACUUCAUUUCUUCCUCUCUGCAUCGGUGCUACACGACAGGACAAAGCGCUGUUGUUUGGGUCCCUCAUCAUUCGCUCCGCGCAACUGUUUGUGAUCCUGUUCGUUUCGAUCCUGCCAUAGGAAGGUCCGCGCGAACCAAACGUCAUCUCCGUCACACCGCGUGCCACGCCUGGGCCUUUGCACAACCUGAUAGUCUCCAGGAUCCCGCAACACCACAACGGAGCCAACGGUCGCUGCCCUCAAAUACCGGCACCAUGGCUUCUGCACAGGACGAGUUCAACGCAAUCUUCAACAAGUCCGGCUACGAGACCGGCAAAGUACAUCCGGACGACAGGGACGCCGCAACUCCAUCGGACACAUCCCGCUCGCCUUCGCCAGCACAAUCGUUUUUGAACAUUGACGACGACGAGGACAACGCAGAGGACCUAGCAGUCAAGGCAAUGAGGGGCACGUACUAUGUUCCGCGAGCGGCGCGGAUGGCGAACACGGGACCCAAGGGCGUCAUCGCGGACGCUCAGGCAUUCGAGCAGGCCAAGAGACAGGCACGAAGCAUACGGACAAUGACGAGGAAUCAGCGGUCAAGCUACGCGCCAGGCGGGCAGUCGCCCCCAAGCGUGUACAAGAGCGAGGAGUUUGACAAGAGCAGCGACGAUGACGACGACGAGACGUUUCUGGAGAGCUGGCGGCAGAAACGGCUGCUCGAGCUCGCCAACAAGAACAUCACCCACGUUCUGGGCAGCAGCGGCAAGAAGCUGUACGGCGACCUGCGCAAGGUUGACGCUGAGGGCUUCCUCAACAUUGUCGAGGGCUCCCCCGCCAACACCGUUGUCCUGGUGCUCAUAUACGACCACAGCUCCGAGGUGUCAAGCCUAGUCGAAGAAGCCGUGCGCGAGAUGGCCUCCAUGCACGCCACUUCGCGCUUCAUCAAGCUUCACUACACCGAAGCCGAGUUCGAGCCAGCCGGCGUGCCCGCUCUGCUCGCCUAUCGCGGCGGCGAGAAGUUCGCCGGCUUCGUGCCCGUCUCGGAUGAGAUUCCGGACCACGAGGAGCUGAGCGCGCGAACCCUGACAGCGCUCCUGCAACGGCAUCAAGUCCUAUGAGGCGAGGUAGUUUCUUGCGGGCUCUCCGCCGUGUCCUCCCCUUUAUAAACGCUCGUUUAGCGCACGAGCCGUCCUCCUGCCAUGACAUGGAUCAUGAGCCAAAUGAUGCCUUCAACUCUCCAUCUCCUCUCACAGACACCCCCUCCAAAAAUAGCCUUGACGCGCACAAGUCGCGGCGCAAAGAAAGGAAGCAAAUAAUAGAACCGCCGCAAGGUCGAUGGAGAGUUACGAAACCUGCCAAAUUUUCCGCUUUUUUUUUUCAUUUUCCUUUGGUCCAUUGUUUAUCAUCUUCGCCCGAAUUCGGGACGGUCUUCUGGCUCUUUUCACACAUACAUAUAUAACUACACAUCUAUCUUACGGGCGUAUCUGGAACGGAGGGUUGGGAUGGCGGCGCCUUGGAUGGUGGGAACGGGAAUAGUGGGUAAAGAGGGGAAGGCCUUCUAUUUCUCUUCUUGCUGGCCUCGACAGAUCCCCUCACGGCUUUCUUAUUUCACUGCUUCCUCUCCCUCCCUCUCGCACAAUCUAUGUUUCUCUCAUCACGGCAGCGACCCGCUCGUGGAACGACGACCCGUCGUGCUCGGCAUCGCUCAAGGAGGGCAACGGCUGUAGAGCUCAUUUCACUCCGCCGUUUUGCGGCUUGUCCUCUUUCCCAGAGGGAUAUCUACACCGUUCCCUAAAAAAAAUCCUCUUCCUACCUCCUUUCCACCUCUUCUCUCAUCUCGCGUUCCCUAAACGAUCAAACAAGACGUGUUCAAAUAGAUGUCCGGGACGGUGAACGGGGGUGGGCGGGAGCGGUGGGAGCAAGUGAAGGCGGCAUGUACACUCGAGAGAUACCCACGCUAUAUCAAAAGAAAAUAAAAAGUAAACGAGACCGAGAUUCCCCGUCUCCU